ACACCACGCGACAAGAGUAGAUACAAGAUGGCGACCGUUUUAGUACCAGAGGAAUAAGUGCCGUGAAGGAUAGAUAAAGCCAUGCCGUGGGACCGCCCAGUUUCUGAGCUCGCAAUGGUGAUCUGAAGCCCCAGUGUGGACGUGUCACAUCCACACUCGCCUACCCACAGACACACACACGGACUGAGCCCCCCAGCAAGUGUGUGCGAUGGACAGGUGUAAGCACGUGGGGCGGCUCAGGCUGGCCCCAGACCACUCCAUCCUCAACCCCCAGAAGUGGCACUGCGUGGACUGCAACACCACAGAGUCGGUGUGGGCCUGCCUGGGCUGCGCCCACGUUGCGUGCGGCCGCUACAUCGAGGAGCACGCCCUGCAGCACUUCCUGCAGCAUCGCCACCCGUUGGCCAUAGAGGUCAACGAGCUCUAUGUCUUCUGCUACCUAUGUGACGACUACGUGCUCAACGACAACGCGACGGGAGACCUCAAGCUGCUGCGCUCCACGCUCAGCGCCAUCCAGAGCCAGCGCUACGAGGUCACCACCCGCUCAGGACGCACUUUGAGAUCGGCUAGCGCUCCGCCCGACGCCCCCCAGCCCUGCGGCUCCAGCGAACUGCAGCUGAGGGACGAGGACCGCAUGUUCACGGCGCUCUGGCACCGCCGCCGGGCACUGAUGGGUCGAGUGUUCCACACCUGGUUCAGCCUAACGGAAGGGGGGAAGAGGAGGGAGGAGGAGGAGAGGCAGAGAGAGGAGGAGGAGAGGCAGAGGGAGGAGGAGGAGAGGCAUAGAGAGGAGGAGGAGAGGAGGAGGAAGGAGUUGAGGGAGAGGAGGAAGACGUUGAAGAGGCAGCUACAGGAAGCGUUGGAGAGCGCUCCACCCAGGAAGAGUCACCGCCUGAGGAGAGCCAGCCAGAGAGCUGCUGCCGCCGCUGCUGUCACCCCCUGCCCCACACGAACACGCACCACUUACACACCCCAGACCCCCCUCGCCCCCCAACCAAGAACCCAGAGCCCCGCCACUCACACCCCCAAGAGAAUGGGCCGCCCCCCUAAAACCUCCGCGCCCAAACCCUCUCGCUACUCAACCCCCUCUUCUUCCACCAAAGGCAAACCCAGAGCCUCCUCUGCCCAAGCCCGGACUGCCCCCUCUCCGGCCCCCCGCCGUGCCCCCUCCAAACAGGGCGACUCGCCCCUCAAACGGCGGCCCACUGUCACUCCGGGUGUCACGGGUCUGCGUAACCUAGGCAACACGUGCUACAUGAACUCCAUCCUACAGGUGCUGAGCCACCUUCACAUCUUCAGGGAGUGUUUCCUCCGGCUGGACCUGACGCAGGCCCUGGAGCUGCUGGCCUCGGCUGUUCACGGCCAGCUGGUGGUUCCCAGCCCCGGGGGCCCUGUGUCGUCCUCCCCGCUGGCCCAGAGGAGAGGCCCCCAGGUGGGUGCUGGGCUAAGCGGGGGGGCCUCCAGGGCCCGGAGCAUGGAGCUGAUUCAGCCCAAGGAGCCCAGCUCCAAGCACAUCUCCCUGUGCCAUGAGCUGCACACACUCUUCCAGGUGAUGUGGUCGGGCAAGUGGGCGCUGGUGUCGCCCUUCGCCAUGCUGCACUCGGUGUGGCAGCUGAUCCCAGCCUUCCGGGGCUACGCCCAGCAGGAUGCCCAGGAGUUCCUGUGUGAGCUACUUGACAAGGUGCAGCACGAGCUGGAGAGCACAGGGACUCGCACGCCGCACGCUGGUGUGUCAACCGGACAGAGACAUCUCAUCAAGCAGGUGCUCAGCAUAGUCAACACCAUCUUCCACGGUCAGCUCCUCAGCCAGGUGACGUGUCUAGCAUGUGACCACCGCUCCAACACGGUGGAACCUUUCUGGGACCUAUCGCUGGAGUUCCCCGAGCGUUACCACAGCAACAGCCGGGAGAGCGCAGCGCAGGUCUCGUGCCAGCUGACGGAGAUGCUGGCCAAGUUCACGGAGACCGAAGCCCUGGAGGGCAACAUCUACGCCUGCGACCAGUGCAACAGUAAGCGGCGGAGGUUCUCCUCCAAGCCUGUCAUCCUGACUGAAGCUCAGAAACAGCUGAUGGUUCACAAACUGCCUCAGGUCCUGCGCCUGCACCUCAAACGCUUCAGGUGGUCUGGGAGAAACCACAGGGAGAAGAUCGGGGUCCACGUCAGCUUUGACCAGCUCCUCAACAUGGAGCCAUACUGCUGCAGAGACCCCUCCCCCAAGGGCUCGCCAUGCUCCAGUCCCGCCCCUGCCGGCUCCCCGAGCCCCAAACACUUCCUGUAUGAACUGUCCGCUGUGGUGAUGCAUCAUGGGAAGGGCUUCGGCUCUGGCCACUACACUGCCUACUGCUACAACAAAGAAGGAAGGUUCUGGGUCCACUGUAAUGACUCUAAGCUGAACGUGUGUUCUGUGGAGGAGGUAUGUGGUGCCCAGGCCUACAUACUCUUCUACACGCAGCGCUUCACUCAGGACCAGGACCCACUGAGCCCCGCCCCAAACCCUCCUCCUUUGUACCUCAGCAGUCCAGUGACAUGACAUCAUUACAUUACCACCACCACCAAAACAUCUCAACCCCCCCUCUCUCACGCUCUUUCUUUGUGUUCAUUUUAUCUCCUCUGGGGGGAGGAAUGAUAAUUUUAUCAUUUAUUUUUCUAAAAGACACAAAGGACAUAGUCUCAAAGGACAUUUCUUUUUGUCUUUGUGAAUUUCUUGUACAUGUUGUUUUAUAUGCGUUUUAAAAGAAAAGGAAAACGUGUUUGAUAGUGUACAGGUUUAUUUUAUCAAGAGUAUCAGCCAAGUUGUGCGUUGUAUUAUAGACACGCCUUUACAGGAGUAGAGACAGACUUUGGCCAGGUGUGACUGUGUAAUCUAGUUCAGAUUUAUUCAGGUGUCAACCUUCUGCUCUUCUGUGCUCUGUUUUUAUUUUUCUCAAAUGAUUUGAAUCAACUAAAAUGUUUCUCACAGCCACUUUAGACAGUUGACUAAGGGAUGUCAGUCAGUCAAAUUCUCAACUGGAAUGUAGACUGAAACAGAUAAUUCCCUCCAUAAAUAGUCUUUUUAGAGUUUAACCCCUUUAGUUUCGCCAGAGACGUAAGGGGAAGCGAGACACCUCCCUCGCUCCUAUCUUCUGGUUCAUCUUAAUUUAUCCACCAUCUUUGGUAUCGCUCUCUGUAGUAAGUCCGGUCGGUCAGGAAAUGGUUCAUAAUUGACUACUGACCUCACGCCAAAGCACGAGGGAAACGUUUAAAAAGUAUCUCAGCUUCUCCAAAAACAAUUACAGAACAUUUGCAAGAUAUAUUCUUUGACUGGUUUUGGAAAAUCUAUUUUAUAACCAGUUUCCAAAGGGAUGUUUGUUUUUAGCUGAAUAAUGCCCUCUGUUCAGAAUGUGGUGCUGGUGUUUUUAGGCUUGUUGCCGCCUAACUUUUGGUUGGCAUCCCUACAGCAGAUGCGGCUGCCACAGUCAUAAUUGUCAUAGAAAAGUGCCCUUCGUUAUCAGAACAUAUCUAUUUUUGUAGUUCCUUUGCCAGAAGUGUAUUUGGUAUCAGUUCUUUGUAGCAGAGACUGUGAAAUGCAGUCCUACCCAGGCCAGCAUUUAGAAUGUAUUUUUGUAUACUUGAACAUCGAGGAUGUUUCACAAAAGUUGUUUAAAAAAAAAAAAAAAAAAAAAAAAAAACAGGGCCACUGACUGUUCGAUUUUUAUAGUUUUGUAAUUGAUUCCUUCCCCCUCUAGUUGUUUGGAAUCACCAGCAGGUCUGACCCGUCUCUCCUGUGUGUGUGUGUGUGUGUGUGUAUACCAGCAUGUGUUCACACAAUAUAGUUGGCUCUGUAUAAUGUAAGUAUAAAAUAGCCAGACUGAUGCAAGUAGAUCCUUGCUGUGUGUUUGUGAGAGAUCUCCAUGCUGGUACUAGCUUAACUGCUCUCAACCUAAAUGCUGUUCAUCUCUAGAUUCACCUUUUGGGGAGAAUUCAAAGCACAUUUCCACCCGAUAUGUUUGUUGGCAUUGUGCUCAUACUGCCUCGGGUGUGUAUACAUUUAUGGAAGUGAUACUAUGCAAAUUCUUACCUCAAUUUUUAGAGAAUUACCUCAUGAGAAUAUAUUUUCAUUUUUCUAAGAAAA